AUGAAAAUGAACGAAUUUAUGCAGAAUUUCCCAUUAUUUGUACAAUUGAAACCAUUUAAUUUUGUCGGACUUUACAACAAGGUGUACAAAAUUAAGCUACACUUCCCAAACUUCCCCACGACGAACGAUCAUCGUGUCACAGUGUUUCGUGGGAACCUUCCAAUUACAUUACCAUCGGACCUAUCGACCAUCCUGCCAGUUGAUGAAUAUGUGUCGAAUCUCUUAGCCACGCUAGAUUCCACAAUUGCUCUUCCCAACAACACGACAUCAUCUGCUACAUCAAGUGAAGAUUCCAUCACACUGACUAAUCUUGCGCUGGAAUUGAUAUCGAUUCAGCAUCAAUAUGGGUGCAGUGUUGCCUUUAGUAAAACCUUGACGCAGGUGGAGUUCUCUGGCUUUGAAGGCAGAAGGCAUCAUUCCCUAGCGCUUAACCGGAUCGCUGGUGCUCUUUUCAAAGUCGUCCAACACACACUGCCCGAGCAUUCUGUGAGCGAACAGUUCAAGCGACAGACCACGCUGCAGAGACACGUACAGGUGUUUUUGGAUACGCUCGAGCAGCUGGAAGAGUUUUACAGCAAUCUUAGCACUAUUGACGAACUUUGUUACGUUAUCCUCCCGCCAGCAAUAGACACCAAAACCACUUUCCGGAUCUUUAAAUAUGAUCAAAAAGUGUUUCUAAAGCUUUCCCUCCAUCCGUUGCAACCGUCAGCAGUCGAUAUUGGAUUUUUCGGGCCAACGAAACAAGUCGCAAAGCUAAGAGAAAUAUACGACGAAAAGCAGGACGAUUGGGAUCCGGAAUGUAACAUAUACACCAACCUGCUGCGAAUAUUUAACAUCAUCGCCUUUCCGAUGCGUCCUACUGUCGGAGAUCCGUUUGAUAGUCUACAGCAGGCCAAUGAAGACAACAAUUGUGGCAUCUGCAUGAAUUAUCACGAUGCAGAUGAGCGAGUACCGAUAAUUUCGUGUGACAACGAACAAUGCAAUCUCAUUUUCCAUAUUAAUUGCCUAAAGGAGUGGUUUGAUACACAGCGGGAAAGUAAGAAAAUUUUCACAAUCUCAAUUGGAAACUGUCCGUACUGCACACACAAAAUAUCUUCCAGCUUUGACGAGAUACUGCAAAUGCUCAACUGAUCAGCAAUAACAU